CUCUACUCAAUCCUAAACAAAUCACAAAACCUGAAGUCACUCUUCACCUAAACAAGCAUCAAUGGCGACUUCUCUCUCCGUUUCUAGAUUCAUCUCCUCCUCCGCAACCGUUAUCUCCGUCGCUAAGCCGUUACUUUCCCCCACCGUAUCCUUCACCGCGCCGCUCUCCUUCAAUCGCUCUCUCGCUCCUAGCCUCUCUCUCAAAUUCCGCAGCCGCCGCACCAGCUCCGCCGCAACCAGAUCCUUCGCGACAACACCCGUAGUCACCGCCUCCAUUUCAGUCGGAGACAAGCUCCCAGACUCAACUCUCUCAUACCUCGAUCCAUCCACCGGAGACGUCAAAACAGUAACCGUCUCCUCCCUCACCGCCGGGAAGAAAGCAAUCCUAUUCGCAGUCCCCGGCGCAUUCACACCGACCUGCUCGCAGAAACACGUCCCUGGAUUCGUAUCCAAAGCCGGUGAGCUCAGAUCUAAAGGCAUCGAUGUAAUCGCCUGUGUCUCCGUCAACGACGCGUUCGUGAUGGAAGCGUGGAGGAAGGACCUAGGAAUCAACGAUGAGGUGAUGUUGUUGUCCGAUGGAAACGGUGAGUUCACAGGGAAGCUUGGAGUUGAAAUGGAUUUGAGGGAUAAGCCUGUUGGACUCGGAGUUAGGUCAAGGAGAUACGCGAUUCUGGCUGAGGAUGGUGUUGUGAAGGUUCUGAACCUUGAAGAAGGUGGUGCUUUCACUAACAGUAGUGCUGAGGAUAUGCUUAAAGCUCUCUGAUUCUGAAAUUUUUCUUUUCUUUGUUUGAAUUUUUAUUUCACUUUUGUGUGUUUAGUUUCUUCCUUCUGAUGUACGAAUCGUUGGAUUUGUAAACGGGAAUAAAUGAAUCAGAGGCGUUUUGUUUGUGAACA